ACUGCAAUUGUGGACUUGGCAACCCUGCAUGAAAACACUCCAACAAGAAAAAUAACGCGCAAAUGCAAGCAAAAUGGGUAAUCAAUUGGUUGGCAUUGCACCAUCGCAGAUCUAUGCAGUGGAACACUACUUUUCUGGCCAGUUUGGCAAUGAAAUCAUUUUCGACCUGAAUAUGGGGAGUACGCGUUUUUUUAAAGUGGCGAAAGCUAAAACCGAUGAAGGUUUGAUAGUUGUCAAGGUAUUUGUCAAACAUGAUCCAACAUUACCGCUGGAGGAUCACAAGGAACGCUUGGAGAGCAUAAAGAAGACCCUAUCGCUUGCUAAUGCUGUUAACUGUUUACCCUUUCAGCGCGUGGAGCUCAUCGACAAGGCAGCCUACAUAAUGCGAGAGUAUGUCAAGCACAGUCUGUACGAUCGCGUGUCCACUCGACCUUUUCUUACUGUGCUCGAGAAGAAGUGGAUUACCUUUCAGAUUUUGUGCGCUCUAAACCAGUGUCACAAGCAAAAAAUCUGUCAUGGUGAUAUAAAGCUUGAGAACAUUUUGAUCACCUCAUGGAAUUGGAUCCUGUUGUCGGAUUUUGCUUCAUUUAAGCCCACAUAUCUACCAGAAGACAAUCCAGCAGAUUAUACCUAUUUCUUUGACACGAGCAGACGUCGCACUUGCUAUAUAGCUCCAGAGCGUUUUGUAAAGACGAUGUCGUCUGAAGACGAUCCCUAUAAUGCAAAUAUGUCUGUUAUUCACUCGGACUCCAUAAUACGUGUGCCGACUUCAUAUGCUGGUAACACUUUGCAGCCUGCUAUGGAUAUAUUCUCCGCUGGCUGUGCCUUGCUAGAGCUCUGGACAGAGGGCACUGCUCCAUUUGAGCUGUCUCAACUGCUUGCCUAUCGGCAGGGUGAACGAGAUCUCGUGGAGAAACAUUUGGCUGGCAUUGAGAACGAACGACUGCGCAACUUACUGGCAUCCAUGAUUGACAUUAAUUCAAUAAAGCGCAAGAGCGCAGAGGAUUAUUUAGAUCAGGAGCGCGGUAAACUAUUUCCAGAAUACUUUUACUCAUUUCUGCAGUCAUAUUUGCAAAUGUUCUCAUCGACACCAAUCAAGUCGCCCGAUGACAAGAUACAAUGUCUGCACAAAGACAUUGGUCACUGCAUUAAGGUGCUGACACAAGCUCAUGACGUAACACCCAGUGAGGAAGACGAACAGAUACCAGAGAAAAGGGAUUCUCUUAAGUACGAGCGGCUGCCGCCAGAUCAGGAUGGUCUAAUACUUAUCAUAACAGUUGUCACCUCUUGCAUUAGAGGUCUCAAACAGUCCAACACAAAAAUUGCUGCGUUGCAGCUACUGCAAAAGUUAUCGAAGUAUACCACAUCUGAGACCAUACUGGAUCGUAUAUUACCAUAUAUUCUGAAUCUGGCACAAAAGUCGACAGCCAAGGUACAGGUUCAAGCUAUUGAAACGUUGACCGCCUGCUUGAGCAUGGUCAAAGACAUUCCUCGCAGCGAUGCCAAUGUAUUUCCGGAAUACAUACUGCCCUACAUCACCGACUUGGCCAGCGAAUCGAGCGCUGUUAUUGUGCGCGUGGCCUUUGCUCGCAACAUUGCAGCGCUUGCCAAGAGUGCUGUUUACUUUCUGGAGGAGACGCAGCGCAAUGCACCAAACGAAAUGCCUACGCCACGUUAUGAGGCGGAACUGAAUGCUCUGCAUGAUAUUGUGCGUCAGGCGGUGCUCAGUUUGUUGACAGACACGCAGCCCAUUGUGAAACAGACGCUGAUGGAGUCGGGUAUCUGCGAUUUGUGCGCGUUCUUUGGAAAGGAGAAAGCGAACGACGUGAUACUCUCGCACAUUAUGACGUUCCUCAAUGAUGAUGAUAAAAAUUUGCGCGGCGCUUUUUAUGACAACAUUGCUGGUGUUGCCGGUUACGUUGGCUGGCAAGCAUCGGAUAUACUGGUUCCCCUUUUGCUGCAAGGCUUCACAGAUCGCGAGGAGUUUGUCAUUGCAAAGGCCAUACGUGCGGUGACAAUUCUAAUCGAGUUGGGACACAUAAGAAAGCCCACCGUCACUGAAAUUGUAAAUGAAACCGCCUGCUAUUUGUGUCAUCCAAAUUUGUGGGUGCGUCAUGAGAUUUGCGGCAUGAUUGCCACAACAGCGCGCAAUCUGAGUGCUAUUGAUGUGCAGUGUAAGAUUAUGCCGGCUAUUGGAAGAUUCUUGAAGGCGCCGCUAAUACAAGUGGACAAACCUCAUAUUCUGCUUGAUUGUCUGCUGCCGCCCAUACCCCGACAGGUCUUUGACAGCGUGCUGCGCUUCCAGGAUGUUCAGUGUUUUGUUAGCGCCCUCGAGGACCGUGCUCGCUUACGCAACAACACACGACACUGCGCCCAGCCUCAGUAUGAUGACAUUAGCAGACAGAUUGGUGGUGCACGGAACAGUGGCCAGUCACAGUCUGAUGACAUGGGUCAGGCGCUGCUCAAUCUCUUUCGACGACUUAUCUCGGAGGGAUUGACGGAGACAAUUGAGAUGCAAUUGUUGGCUAUGAAACCUUUUUUGAUAUCCCUUAAGCACAAGGCGCAACAAGAUCUUGAUGAUGCCAGCUGUGCCAAUGGACGGAUUGUGGUCAGUCGCAAGCAGGUGGGCUGCCAUGAAUAUCCCCUGGCGGAGAAGGCUACCAAAUUGACUCAGGACAAUCGAAACACAGAUGCCCAUGCUCCAGCACUUGUUUCACCCGCGUCAGACGCGGCUGUUACUACACACAUAACUUCUGGUCCUUCUGGCAGUCCCGCCUCCGGCACCAUGUUACUGGGCGUGCCGCACACAACAGUGAGCACUGCCACUUCGUUGGGUGAAUAUACCAUGCCGGAUCGAAACUAUUCGCUGGAUCGCUCUUCGGAGUGUUGCAAGGACUUGGAAUCGCUGACCCUUAAGAUCAAGCGUCGCUAUAAUGUACUGGCACUCUCACAACGCUGCAAUUAUGAUAAGCUGGUGACGCCAUAUCCAUCCAAUUGGCGCCUCAACGGUACGCUAGUUGCGCAUCUGCAUGAACAUUCCGAGUCGGUAAUUAAGCUAGCACCGUUGCGUCCUGACGGUUCACUGUUUGCCAGCGGCAGCAUCGAUGGCACAGUUAGAUUGUGGGAUUGCAGCAAGCUAAACGGCAAUCAGGGCAUCAAUAAAUCUCGUCAGGUAUAUUCAGCUCAUACGCCCAUUUAUGCGCUGGCCGCAUGCGAUGCUGGACAGUCUCUAGCCGUGGGCGGCAAGGAUGGCAGUCUAUUAAUAAUGCGCAUCGAUCGCAAUUCCACCAAGAUGACCCUACAGCAAGCCUUGGAUCAGAAUGAAUAUAACGAUGGACCUGUUGUGGAUAUGCAUGCGUAUGAUCAGGCGGCGCAGAGUGUUAUUGUCUAUGCAACACUUUAUGGCGGCAUUGUGGCCUGGGAUACGCGCAUGCAGCAUAGCGCCUGGCGUUUGCAGAACGAGCUGCGUCAUGGUGUCAUCACCACCAUUUGUGCGGAUCCAACGGGCUCUUGGCUGGCAACGGGCACCAGUGGUGGCAAGCAUAUCUGCUGGGACUUGCGUUUCCGACUGCCUAUAACCGAGAUUAAGCAUCCGGCGGACUCGUGGAUAAGAAAAGUGGCCUGCCAUCCAACGGAGCCAUCAUAUCUGAUCUCCGCCUCGCAGUCCAAUAAUGAAGUAUCUGUAUGGAACAUUGAGACGGGUCAACGACAAACUGUGCUUUGGGCCAGCCCAGCACCCGUUCUGACCAAUACCAGUCUCAAUGAUCCAGCAACAACUUGUGGUAUUUUGAGCGGUGUGGUCGACGGUUCACCGUUCAUUUUGACAGGUAGUUCGGAUCAGCGUAUCAGGUAUUGGGACAUAGGAUCGCCAAAGAACUCGGCAUUGAAAGUGCCAGCGGCAAAUGAUAAUUUGGCCAAUGUGUCCUUUAACUAUAGUGCUCGUCUAAUCGACGGCAGCCAAGUUAUUGAAGAACAAAUCAUUCCUAAAAACGGUACAGGUGACUCGCAACAGAUGCGUACUUCAAUUGAGGAAAGUCCCAGAUCGGGACCGGAUAUGCCCAAAGCAAGCCAUCAUGAUGCCAUCACUGACUUGCUCAUGUGCAAAGAUAAGGGACAAAUUUAUAUAGCGUCGGCUUCGCGUGACGGUGUUAUCAAGCUCUGGAAGUAGUAACUUAUUUUAACUCUUAUAUCUGUGAUUAGUCUAAUUAAACAACAAUAUAACUUAUA